CACACCACCGUCCUCCCUUUCAUCAUCAUUGAGAUGAGGACCACGCACCACCAGUAUCCCAGCAGGCCUUGUGGACUGAUAGCUGUGUGCAGCUUUGCCGUGGGAUACGUUCUAUGGUAAGAGCCCUUUUCCUCCAACAAUGACAGGCUGGACUCUUCCAAGGUCUGUGUUGCUAAUUGAUAAGAGAACAUAAAAGGCGCAUUCACACUGCACCUUAGCCCUGGGCUAAGGGAGAUUUAAGCGAGUGUUCACACUUGCGCAUUUUAAAGUGGGCUAGCACUAACCUUAGCCCAGGGCUAGCUGGCCCUGAUCCGGAGCAGGGUUAGUACCGACUUUUCGGAUUUAGCCCCAGAUCAAACACGAUGCCAAUAUAGCCAGUGUGAAACAGGGUUAAGAACAACACCUAGAAUGCUUACUGUCCAAUCACAAAAGCUGCAAUGUCACUUAAUUUACAUAUGCUUGUGAUGCCUGUAAUGUGUUCUGCAUGUUAUUUUGUUAAGGAAAUUCAUACUAUUUCAUCCUUCCUCCUGAGGACAAAAAUCAAAACACUUUCAUCCAUGCAAAACUUUGGUUGCUAUGUCUAACAAAAAUGGUUGCUGUGCAGCAGGCUUCUCACUUGGCCAACUAAAGCUAAAACCUCUACAGCUGGAAGGGCAGCAAACGCUCCAUUUGUCUGUUUUCAUAGCUUUUCUAUUUACAUUUAAUUGGAUAUAUCCAUGAUAAUAAUAUUGUUGCAUGAAUUUAAGGAGUGCAACAAGUAUAGCCUCUUACAAGUCACGCCUGAAAAUGUGUUAAUGAGCCACAACAAUACCAUGCAUCCGCAAAAGUUUUUUGGUGCUCCAAAAUUACAGUAUGAUACUGUAUUUUGUGGGGUGGUACUGAAUUACAGUAAAUUGCUGGCAGCACACUAUCCAGUAUAUUGAAUGUUCCAGAACGUGGCUAUAAGGUGAAUGCACCAAUUUGUAAGUCGCUCUGGAUAAGAGCGUCUGCUAAAUGAAGUAAAUGUAAAUGUAAAUUACUGUAGAUUUACAGGUCAAAUAUUAAAAAAUACGGUAUGGUGCUGCAUUCUGUGGGGUACAGCAUUCUCACUAAUAGGGUGCAACAAAUAUAGCCUCUUUUAAGGCACACCUGUAAAAGCUUAGCCCAGGUUUAACAAAUGCUUGUGUGAACACAGGCUAAACUAGCCCAGGGCUUGUCUAGCCUGGGGCUAAGAUAGCCGGGGGCUCAGAACAAUGCAGUGUGAAAAGGCCUAAAAUGUUAUUGUCCAUUUCCACUUGGGGCCAUUAAAACAUGCUCUUGAAAACAGGCAUAAGACACAUAUAAGAACAUACUGUACAGAACAGAGAAAUCAUCACAGCAACAUCACAGUAUAAAUAUUGUGUACUGUGUGUCCUGAUGAUGAAUGUGACUGAUCUGUGUGGCUGAUGAGAAGACAGGGACGUCCAGCCACCCCGCCCCUCCCCACUGCCUCUCCAGGCCCGUAGGUCUGGCAGCUAGCUCCAUUCCCACGUUUCUCAUGGCUCUGUCCCUCCACGCCCUCAUGAUGGAUGGCCUUCUCCUUGCAUGAUAACACACAGUCUCUCCAAAUCUGCUGCAGAUAAAACAACCUCUAACCCUCCUCUAUCAGUCGAGAAAGAGAGAAAGAAAGAGAGAGAGGGGGAUCUGUCUCUGGUCUGGCAGAGAGGCCUGCCUUGUGACAACACCAACACCAGAGAACCAGACCCUAGUCCUGAGCACGGCAGAUUUAAUGCUCACAGAGGAGAGGAGAGGCUGGGAACCGAAGGAACCCUCUACUGCAGCCGCAGCUAACCAGUGCCGACAGCAAGGAGAAGGGGGUUUGUCAGACCCACCUGAAGUGUAGGAGCCUCACGGCAACAAACACAUCUCUUCAUUUUAAUCCCUGGCUAGGAUUAAGAGGAUUAUAUCCCCACACGUCUCACAGGGUCAGGGAAUCUAUCUCCUUUCCCUCGGCGGGAGAGGAAAAGUGCUGGAGUUGGGUAAAUCCGUAGGAUGUCUGCACAGGAGGCUGGUGGCACCUUAAUUGGGGAAGAUCGCCUCGUGGUAAUGGCUGGAGCAGAAUCAGGGGAAUGGUAUCAAAUACAUCCAACACAUGGUUUCCAUGUGUUUGAUGCCAUUCCAUUUGCUCCGUUCCAGCCAUUAUUAUGAGCCGUCCUCCCCUCAGCAGCCUCCACUGGCUGCCUUACAUAGGGAUUCCCAGCCAGGGAGUUACAGAGAGAGAGGGGGAUAGACAGAGAGAGGGAAAGAGAAAGAUGUCAAGUAGGACGAGUUAAGCUUCAGUGGCAGACAUGUCUGAUCUGUGUACAGUCUGUCAGACACCAUCACUCAUACAGACAUAUGUACGCUCAAUCAUUUGGAUUGUCAAAAAAUUGUAAACUGAGGAAUGCUAGGUUACUAAAAUUAACAUUGAAUGUAGGGAUUUCCCCUGAAUCCAUAGAGUCAUAGUCUAAAAUCCCUGUGGUUACGAAUGAAUAAUACAGUACAUAAUAAAUUAGGGUAGAGGUCAACGGAUGUAACAACUGAUGUAACUGUUAGAUUAACUACCUUGUUUGCCCCCACAUGUGCAACUUGAAGACAUAAAACUGCCAUUCAACUAAUUGCCCAAUUAUUGAAUUCAGCUAAUUGAAGCAAUUACAUUAUUCACCGUCUUACUGACGCCCAACAGCUUCCGUCUGUGGACUCAAGUAUGUGUAAUCACUUCUUAUUAGUGGGAUCAGCUGUAUUGUGCAGCAGCCUCGGGCCAGGGUAAGGGCCAGUCCAGUCUCACCUUGAGUGAUUGCUUUGGAAUCAGUGGGCUAAGGAGAGGCUGUGAGUGGGCCAGCUGACGCACUGGACUCUGUCGCCUUUCACUAAUUUGCCCUUGUCCAGUACUGUAUGCUCUCUCUCUCUCCCUGAGACCUCUCCUAGCAGUGUCUCUCUCUCUGAGACCUCUCCUAGCAGUGCCUCUCUCCCUGAGAUCUCUCCUAGCAGUGUCUCUCUCCCUGAGAUCUCUCCUAGCAGUGUCUCUCUCCCUGAGACCUCUCCUAGCAGUGUCUCUCUCCCUGAGACCUCUCCUAGCAGUGUCUCUCUCCCUGAGAUCUCUCCUAGCAGUGUCUCUCUCCCUGAGACCUCUCCUAGCAGUGCCUCUCUCCCUGAGAUCUCUCCUAGCAGUGCCUCUCUCCCUGAGAUCUCUCCUAGCAGUGUCUCUCUCCCUGAGACCUCUCCUAGCAGUGUCUCUCUCCCUGAGACCUCUCCUAGCAGUGUCUCUCUCCCUGAGACCUCUCCUAGCAGUGUCUCUCUCCCUGAGAUCUCUCCUAGCAGUGCCUCUCUCCCUGAGAUCUCUCCUAGCAGUGCCUCUCUCCCUGAGAUCUCUCCUAGCAGUGUCUCUCUCCCUGAGACCUCUCCUAGCAGUGUCUCUCUCCCUGAGACCUCUCCUAGCAGUGUCUCUCUCCCUGAGACCUCUCCUAGCAGUGUCACUCUCCCUGAGACCUCUCCUAGCAGUGUAUCUCUCUCUCUCACCUCCCCUGGCAGUGUCACUCUCUCUCUCUCUCCCCCUGAGCUUCCCUAGCAGUGUCUCUCUCUCAGACCUCCCCUGGCAGUGGCACUCUCUCUCUCUCUCCCCCUGAGACCUCCCCUGGCAGUGGCACUCUCUCUCUCUCUCUCUCCCUGAGACCUCCCCUGGCAGUGUAUCUCUCUCAGACCUCCCCUGGCAGUGGCUCUCUCAUCUGAGGGCAUGUUACCUCAAUCCACUGUCAAUGAUGGUCCUUCUAAUGUCCUCUACCACUGUACUGUAUCAGUACUACUGUAUGUUCAAAAGUAUAGCAUUAAAUGUACUGUAUGAUCUGAUCUUACAUCCAUUUCAGUGGUUCAGCCUAGUUUAGGGCAGGUACGUUUUUAUAAUAAUCUCACUAUUAAAAAUGUUUAAUCUGGAUUCCUACAGUAGGACAACCAUGGGGGUGUGUUGUCUGUCAGACAUUCAAUGGACCAGACUGACUUUAUGAAAGGGAUGUGGCUGGAUACUGUAGAAGGCAGACAGCAAAAGUGACACAGACAGUGGGUGUAUGGCAGCAACAAAGGAUCUCUACUUUGGCCAUAUUUGAGCCUCUAUUGAUACAGACAGGUGGCUGUAAUAUAAAAGUAUAAACUCUGCACUCUCUUUCUUUCCUUAUAUCUUAGUCCUCUAUCUCACCCCUACCUCCCUCUCUCUCCUGUCAGGAUGUGCUGGGUGCACCAUGUGACCGGUGUGUGGGUCUACCCCCUGUUGGAGCAGAUCAGUUCCCUGGCGAAGGUGGCCUUCUUCUCCUGCCUCGCUGUCCUGAUUAACAUCUACUAUGUCCUGGGAGAGAUCCUCAACAGCUACAUCUGGGACUGCUCCAAAUGUAAGCCCUCAACACGUCUGGCAGCCACUUGUGUGUGAGAGUGGGAGUGUGUGUGUGUGUGUGUGUGUGUGUGUGUGUGUGUGUGUGUGUGUGUGUGUGUGUGUGUGUGAAGCGGAAUAGCAUGUUAAGGGCCUAUACUGGCACAAAUCCCUCCACAGAAUCCCUGUGAUUUCAGAACCUCUAUUAGUUCUUGCACUCACACCAGCACUCACCCACACACACAAGUGCAAACGAGUGCAUAAUGUGUACACAAACUAACACAUUUACUCACACACACACUGCACAUACACUCACACACCUACACACUUGAGCUAACACACACACACAUUCCUGUUACUAUUUGCAUUAAUAGUGCGGGCUGGGAGGUCUGUGGGAGUAGUGCUACCUGCGGCGCUGAGUAACAGAUGGGAAAUGAGAGGAGAGAAGAAGAGUAGACUACAGCUAGCAGACACCAAAUCCCUCCAUCCCUCCUCCUCCCACCUGUUUGACACUGACCCAAAAAUCAGCACAACCAUUUCAAUUCCUAUCACAAACUUCUACAUCCUUCGAUCUGCUCACUAUUCCCUCAACACUCUAUCCAUUCAAAUGUCUCUUCUCCCCACCGGUCUUCUCUUCUCCUUUCUUUUCCCUCUCUCCUCUCUUUUCUCGACUCUCUCCAAUCCUCUCCCCCUCACCCAUGUUCUCUCCUCUUUCUCCCUCCUCUCUUUUCUUUCCAAUCCCUUCUUCCUCUAGCCCAUCCUCUCCUCUUUCUUCCUCUUCCUCUCCCACUUCACUUCCCUAGUUUAGUCCUGCUGUGAUUUAAUUCAUUUCUCUCUCCCACAGCUCCUUCCCUCAGAGCUCAUGUUCCCAUCUCACCGCUCCAACAUAACCUCAAUAUGCCCAAAUGAGACAUUGAUGAUAGAUAUAUAAAGGCCAAUUGGUCAGCUAUGAAUGUUCAAUUGGCUUUUCAUUUAGGAAGGAGUGGAUAUAAAGUGCUAUUUGCAACUGUUCAUAUUUCUGUUCAUACAACUUCAUAUUCCCCUCAACACCACUGAUUUGAGUUAUGCAUGAUUGAACAAGAGAAAACCGUGCAUUGAUAUUUCUCUGUCUUCCAGGUGUUCUAGACACAGACAAGGCUAAAGCAGACUGA